GUCUCAACCAAUCAGCAUCCUCCGGAGCAUCGGCAGCGCUUAGCUAGAGGUUAGCUUCACAAGCAGCCACAUUGCUUUGCAGCAGUUUACACAUUAUAUCAUUUAUAUAUUUUACAAUUGUUAGGCUCGUUAAAGGAAAGAACCAAUUGCGUCUAAAGGACACCACACUGAUGAGAUGACAGGCUCAAACGAGUACAAGCUAAACCAGGGACCAGAGGAUGGCAUCUCUGCUGUCAAGUUCAGCCCCAGCGCAGCCCAGUUCCUGCUGGUUUCCUCCUGGGACUGCACUGUCCGUCUCUACGAUGUCGCAGGGAACGUCAUGCGGAUGAAGUACCAGCACACAGCUCCAGUUCUUGACUGUGCUUUCUAUGAUCCAACACAUUCUUGGAGUGGAGGUUUAGAUGCACAAUUAAAAACUCACGAUUUGAACACAGACCAAGAUACAAUAGUUGGAACACAUGAUGCCCCCAUUCGUUGUGUGGAGUACUGCCCAGAGGUUAAUGUAAUGGUAACGGGUAGCUGGGACAGAUCAGUUCGGCUGUGGGACCCAAGAACGCCCUGCAAUGCCGGCACCUUUACCCAGCCUGAAAAGGUGUAUACGCUCUCUGUGGCUGGAGAUAGGCUGAUUGUUGGCACAGCUGGAAGACGAGUCCUGGUGUGGGAUUUGAGGAACAUGGGCUACGUGCAGCAGAGAAGAGAGUCCAGUCUCAAGUAUCAGACACGCUCAAUUAGAGCCUUCCCCAACAAACAGGGCUACGUCUUGAGUUCAAUCGAAGGACGUGUAGCUGUGGAGUACCUGGACCCAAGCCAGGAGGUUCAGAAGAAGAAGUAUGCCUUCAAAUGCCACAGGCUGAAGGAGGAGGGAAUUGAGCAGGUCUACCCUGUCAAUGCCAUCUCCUUUCACAGUAUUCAUAACACCUUUGCCACAGGUGGCUCAGACGGCUUCGUGAACAUCUGGGACCCGUUCAACAAGAAGCGCCUGUGUCAGUUCCACAGGUACCCGACCACCAUUGCCUCACUGGCCUUCAAUAACGACGGCACCAUGCUCGCAAUCGCCGCCUCCUACAUACACGAGAAGGGCGACAUCAGCCACCCGGAGGAUGCCAUCUUCAUUCGCCAGGUCACAGAUGCGGAGACGAAACCCAAGUCAACCUAAGUCCGCCUUAGACUGGUUCCCUCUGCGUAUGAAGCUGUCAUCACAUUUGGGUUAUCUGCUGGCAUCCAGUGUACCAUUUACCACAUUGUUUUCUGUCAGUUUUCUCUAUUCCAAAAAGUUUUUCUGUCUUGUAAGUAGUGUUUGUUCAACAUUUUCUUCCCCUUUGUGUCUCUUGUUAAAUAUUUUAUUGUUUCAUGUAUGUUCGGGCAACCAACUAUAAUUUUUCUUCAAUAAAAUUGAAUUUUUUUUUUUUUUGAUAUACAAGUUUUUACUUUUUUUUUGUUUGCUUGGUCAUUUUGAAGUCACCAAAUGUUAAUUUGUUGACUCUAAUGAUGGAGUUAUGUUUAAAAUCAUACUGAAGCUGUCCUUUGAUCAGUCUUUUAACACUGAUGAGUUUGACACUUAAACAGUAUAAUAAAACAUUUUUAUCUCAAACUUUGA